AAGCAAUUUGGGUCCUGCUUGAAACAGUUACAUAUAUACCAGAAAUUGCUCCGGGAAUCGGGGCACAUUGCCAGGUCGCAGCGUCUCCGAGCGUCUCCGACUUGUUCAGCCAAUGUCCAAUAUGGAGAUCCGGAUCGAUGCCGUCGAAGGGCAAGCGACUCCAAAAGACACCUUUGUCUCUAUGCGCAUCGGCGACUACCAAAAGCAAUCCCGUUUUGGGUCUGCCAAAACCUAUCGCUUUCCUCAGAUUGAGGAUCAGCAUCGCUUUGCACGGAUCGAGGUCUUUCAUCGUAUUGGCCAUUUGACUGUGAAUCUGGACAACAUUGCCAAUCAAGCCGUAGAGGUGCCGGUGGAGCAUCCUGAGGUCAAAUUGUUGCCUAUGAAGUUGGCCGUGGUCAGUGACACUGUCGAAGCCAAGACCGAGCAGAAAGAGAAACAGCAGAAGGUGAAGAACAAAGUUGAUGCAGCUCAGAAGUACCUAGCUGAGCAUCACGUCGAAGAAGUCAUAGCUGACGCCAUUAGAGAGGUCAUCCACGAGAUGCCAAGCGAUCCACACAGUUUUCUUGCUGCUCUGAUUUUGAAACAAGCAGCAAACAAGCAAGAGGAGCUUCUGGUGUCAAACGAUGGCAAAGUCAUUGUGAGUGAUUUUGUGGAUCAAUCAGCCCCAAAGCUUGUAAAGCCACCAACAGUCAAGGCAGCUAUUCCUCAAGAGCCUCAGCUCCUUCCGUUCAGGGAGUACUACGCCUCCCAUGUGCGCUCCCUUGCGCCCAGUGAUCUGGAGAAUCUGUACGCGAAGUUCCCUGGGCAGCCAAAACCAGUGGCUAAACCAGCGGCUGAGUCUUCGCAAGCAAUGGCCUCAGUCUUGUCUGUCUGACAAUGCAACUUUGGAAUUGGUAGAACUGCAUGUCAUAUGAGGCGAGUGUACCGUUUGCCAUGCGCCCCUCAGUGGGCACCUGGUUGAACAAGGCUCCGAUGAAGGAAGCUUUGCCUGUUUCUAAACCAGCGGCUGAGUCUUCGCAAGCAAUGGCCUCGGUUUGCCAUGCGCCCCUCAGUGGGCACCUGGUUGAACAAAGCCCCCAAGAAGGGAAGUGUGGAACCAGUGUCCACCUCCAAGCCUUCUCCGUCCAUUGACGCGCCAUUCAGGGACUACUAUGCCGCACAUGUGCACUCCCCUCCAGACCUGCAGGCAUUGUACAAGAAGUUCCCAGCUGCACCCAAGCCGGCUUCAACAUCCCCAGUGCCAGUGCCUGCAUCGGUCCCCGUGCCACCAACGAUGUUUCAGCACAAGCCUUCCGUGGCCACCUGGCUGAGCCCAGUGAUCCCAAAGGCCUUAGAUUUCACACACACCAUGAUUUGGAAGGAAAGAAGCCGAAGCAGGAUUGUGGCAAUGGGAAAGGAGGAGCUCGUUGAGGCUGUGGUGAAGGAGAUCAAGCAAAAAGAGGAGGCUUUUGUUUGUGAGAUCAAAAAGAAGGAGCAGGAGUUUGCCAGCGAGCUGCACAAAAAGGAUGAGGAGAUUGCCAGAUUGAAGGCACUACUUCAGAAAUGAAUUGUUUGCGGUGGGGGGCGCUUUUGUCCUUAAACCAGUGAAUGUCCUC